AUGGGGCUCAAUCUGAAUGUCAUUCUGUUCCUAGUCUUGCAUCUCUUGCCUGGAAUGGAAAGUUCAAUGAUAAAUUUGAGUGGCAAUGGAUACGACGGCAUUGUUAUUGCAAUUAACCCUGGUGUACCAGAAGAUGGAAAACUUAUCCAAAGCAUAAAGAAAAUGGUGACUGAAGCUUCUACAUACCUGUUCCAUGCCAGCAAACGAAGAGUUUACUUCAGAAAUGUAAAAAUUUUAAUUCCAAUGACAUGGAAGUCAAGAUCUGAGUACUUAAUGCCAAAGCAUGAAUCAUAUGAACAGGCGGAUGUCAUAGUUGCUAAUCCUUAUGCAAAAUAUGGAGAUGACCCCUAUACUCUUCAAUACGGACAAUGUGGAGACAAAGGACAAUAUAUACAUUUUACCCCAAAUUUCUUAUUGGAUAAUAAUGAACUUGUGUAUGGACCCCGAGGCCGAGUAUUUGUCCAUGAGUGGGCCCAUCUUCGCUGGGGAGUAUUUGAAGAGUACAAUACGGACCAGCCAUUCUAUCUUUCCCAAAAGGGAGUUAUUGAACCAACAAGAUGUUCAACUGGUAUUACUGGUACUAAAGCUGUCAACAAAUGCCAGGGAGGCAGCUGUGUAAUAAAGCCAUGCAAACGUGACUCACACACAGGGCUGUAUGAAGCAAAAUGUAUCUUCAUCCCAGAUAAAUCCCAGACUGCAAAGGAAUCCAUAAUGUUUAUGCAAAGUCUUGAUUCUGUGACUGAGUUUUGUACAAAAAAUACACAUAACACAGAAGCUCCAACCCUACAAAAUAAAAUGUGUAAUCGCAAAAGCACAUGGGAUAUAAUCAUGAAAUCUGAAGAUUUUCAGAAUACAUCUCCCAUGACAGGAACAAAUCUACCACCUUCUCCUACCUUUUCAUUGCUCAAAUCCAAACAGCGUGUAGUCUGCCUGGUGCUUGAUAAAUCUGGAAGCAUGAGUUCCGAAAACCGUCUCUUUCGGAUGAAUCAAGCAGCAGAACUGUUCUUGAUUCAAAUUAUUGAAAAAGGUUCCUUGGCUGCAAUGGUCACAUUUGACAGUGAUGCCAAAAUCCAAAAUUAUCUUACAAAAAUAGCUGAUGGCAAUGAUUACCAAAAUAUUACUGCAAACCUGCCUCAAAUAGCUGAUGGGGGAACCUCAAUUUGCAGUGGACUCAAAGCAGGAUUCCAGGCAAUCACUCACGAUAACCAGAGAACUUUUGGAUCUGAGAUCAUAUUACUGACAGAUGGGGAAGAUAGUCAAAUCAGCUCAUGCUUUGAGGAGGUAAAACAGAGUGGUGCUAUCAUCCACACCAUUGCUCUGGGACCUUCUGCUGCAAGAGAACUGGAGACACUAUCAAACAUGACAGGAGGACUUCGUUUUUAUGCUCAUAAAGAUGUAAGUGGUCUUAUUGAUGCUUUCAGUAGAAUCUCAUCUAGAAGUGGUGACAUGACUCAACAGGCUAUACAGUUAGAAAGUAAAGCCUUAAAUAUUGAAGGAAAAAAGUGGAUGAAUGGUUCAGUGCUUGUGGAUAGUACAAUCGGAAACGACACUUUCUUUGUUGUCACGUGGACAACUCAAAAGCCAGAAAUUCUCCUCCAAGAUCCAAAAGGAAAAAUAUACAAAGUUUCAGAUUUUGAAAAGGACAAACUAAAUAUUCAGUCUGCCCGUCUUCGAAUACCCGGUACUGCAGAGACAGGUACUUGGACUUACAGCCUUCUAAAUAAACAUGCCGACUCACAGUUGCUAAUGGUGACAAUGACCACAAGAGCCAGAAAUCCAUCCACUCUCCCAGUAAUUGCAACAGCUCACAUGAGUCGAAAUACAGCACUAUACCCUAGCCCAAUGAUUGUUUAUGCACGAGUCAGUCAAGGGUUUCUGCCCGUCUUGGGAGUCAAUGUAACAGCCAUUAUAGAAAGUGAAGACGGACAUCAAGUAAUACUGGAGCUCUGGGACAACGGUGCAGGCGCUGACACUGUCAAGAAUGAUGGCAUCUAUUCAAGAUACUUUACAGAUUACCAUGGAAAUGGCAGAUACAGUCUAAAAGUAUAUGCCCAGGCAAGAAAAAAUACAGCUAGGCUAAGCUUAAGACAACAGAACAGAGCUCUGUAUGUACCAGGGUAUGUUGAAAAUGGUAAGAUUAUAAUGAACCCACCCAGGCCUGAAGUCCAAGAUGACAUGGUAGCUGAAGUACAAGACUUCAGCAGACUAACCUCUGGAGGUUCGUUCACUGUAUCCGAAGCUCCUGCUGUUACCCCCGCUGAUGUGUUCCCACCGGGUAAAAUUGAAGACCUUGAAGCUACAUUUAAAGGAGAUCACAUUCAAAUGUCAUGGACAGCCCCUGGCAAUGUUCUGGAUAAAGGAAAAGCCAACAGUUACAUUAUAAGAAUAAGUAAAUACAUCCAGGAUCUCCAACAAGAUUUUGACCAUGCUGCUUUAGUAAAUACUUCUGGUCUAAUACCUAAGGAGGCUGGCUCAACAGAAAAUUUUGGAUUUAAACCAGAAUCAUCUAGAAUAGAAAAUGGCACCACAUUCUAUAUUGCAAUUCAAGCCAUCCAUGAAAGAAAUCGCACCUCAGAAGUUUCUAACAUUGCACAAGCAACCAAGCUUAUUAUUCCACCAGAACCCAGUGUCCCUGCCCUUGCUACAAGUAUUUCUGCAUUCAGUUCAAUGAUUUUUGAAUUAGCUGUGAUUUUUUUCUAUACUUUAAACUAGAAAUUGUACUAGAGCCGCAAUUCAAUGUUAUACAUACUUGGGAAACGUUUGUUUAGAAAUUGACUAUGCAGACUGUCUUCUAUAACAUACUAUAUGUUAUUUAAAAGUGAAUGUACAGAAGUUGUGAAUUUCUCAUUUUAAAAAAGUAGGAAUCAUAUCAA